AUGAUGGCUCAGCGGGGUACAAGCGCGCUUGAGAGCUUGCAACGCCCUCAAUAUUACUUCCGCGAGCACGAUGACUGCGGCAAGGGGAAGGGCGGCAGCAACAAGGAUUCUCUCAGAGAUCGCACACCGUUGGAGGAUACUCGAGCAAGAAAUUCCUCUCUCAGCUCGAGGCGUCCUCUCACCUGCAGGACCUCAGCUCCGUCAUCUCCCCCGACCAAGUGGAACGAGUGGUCGACGGACGACACCGACUUGUUUCAGGGGCGAAGAUCUCGACAGCGAUCAAGAGCUCCUGACAGGCCGCUGACCCUGAGGGUUUCGACACAUGACUGUCCCCGGAGGAAGAGCGGGGGGGAGUGCGGAUCGAGCGCAGCCUUACGACUUGAUGCAAAAACACAACAGCCUUCCUUUCCUCCUGGGAACGAUAUGCUGCCUGAGCUACGGGAUGUUCCCUCCGGUGAAGUUGCGAAAGAGCACGAGCGAGCUUGUGGGGGAUGGUUCAAGAUCCCUGACACCAAGUCCAUCUUCGCUUCUUUCGAUUGGCCAGAGCACGACAUGAAAGUGUGUGACGAGGUCAAGAUCGAGGCAGCAGCAGCUGUCUGA